UCAGUCUCGACGCGACACGCGCGCGCGCCUAUCCAGACAGAGCGACGCGCUUUUUACGCUGCAUCGAGGCCCGCACGGUGUCGGUUGCGCUAUAUUAUCGCGCAUGAGUGUGUAAUCGAGAGCCGCAGAAAUUGAAACAGGAAGAGGAUAAAAGUGGCGAACUGGUAGCUCGGUGCGCGCCUCUAUAUGAGUGUCAUCGUCGACUCAGUGACUGUACUUUUGCGCGAGGCUUGACCUUGUCGACGGCUUGCGGAAUAUAGAGAGGAAAAUGCCGGUAUCCGGUGGUGGUGGUGCUUUUGCGCGCAGAUGGUGCAGAUGGAGGACUUUGUUCUUCGUCGUCUUAUUCUUCUGCAGCAGCUGGAGCCUCGUCGAGUCGCAGCUUAUCGAUCCAAAUUUCAGUGAGCCAAUUAUGAACGUGACGGCGCCCGUCGGCAGGGAAGCCAUGCUCACCUGCACUGUGAAAGAUCUCGGGAGCUACAAGGUCGCCUGGCUGCGCGUCGACACGCAAACGAUUCUGACGAUUGCGAGUCACGUGAUAACGAAGAACCAUCGCAUCGGCGUGAGCCACAGCGAACACCGCACGUGGUUUCUUCACAUAAAGGAGGUGAAAGAGUCCGAUCGCGGAUGGUACAUGUGCCAGAUCAACACGGAUCCCAUGAAGAGUCAAAUCGGCUACCUUGACGUUGUGGUUCCACCGGACAUAAUAGACGAUCUAACGAGCACGGACAUGGUCGUACGAGAAGGGACCAACGUUACUUUGCGCUGCGCAGCUACGGGUUCUCCGGCCCCAACUAUAAAUUGGCGCCGAGAAGACGGACGACCGAUUUUCCUCAGCAACACGAAAGAGGUUCAAUCCGUUGAAGGAUCGCAGUUUAAUCUGACGAAGGUCAAUCGCCAGCACAUGGGUCCUUAUCUGUGCAUUGCGUCGAAUGGUGUGCCACCAACCGUCAGUAAAAGGAUUAUUCUCGUCGUCCAGUUCCCGCCGAUGAUUUGGAUACCGAAUCAACUAGUCGGUGCCGGAGAAGGUCAGCAAAUCACGCUUGAGUGCAUUUCCGAGGCCUAUCCGAAAUCCAUCAACUACUGGACGCGCGAUCUAGACGAGAUUGUGCCGCAAGGUGGAAAAUACGAACCUGUUGUCAUCGACAGUGCUUACAAAGUUCACAUGAAGCUAAUAAUUAAAUCUGUCAGUGCUUCUGACUUCGGUUCCUACAAAUGUGUUUCUCGAAACUCCCUCGGCGAUACAGAUGGCAGUAUCAAACUUUACCAAAUUCCAUCAAGUUCUGGCUACCAUUCGACUGAUGGAAACGAUUCGAAGUAUAAAGGAAAGCAGAGAAAAAAAUCUGGUAACAAUAUUCUUGAAGGAAAUCAAGAUAUGCUAAAAGAAAGAGAUCCAAAGCACCGAGCUCGGGACGACGCAGAGGAAGAGGAUUACGUGUUCUCUAAGGCUACGCGUUCAAGCCAAGCCAUUGUCAUUACGCGAAUCUUGCUGCUACUGCUGCCCUUUCACCAACUACUGCGAAUGCUUCAUCCGGCUUGAGAGAAUGAUUGGUCCUGCCGGUAGCUGUGGUGACUAAGCGCCGACAGCCUCGACUUCUGCUUCUUUUUCUAAUAAUUUUCGCCGCCUCGCACUGGUUCAGCACGAACAUGAAAGAAACUAUAUAUACGAAAAGAAACAGAAUUUGGCAAGUAGGAGAUUCGACAGUUAAAAAAUAUUCUGGUUGGUUUGAUUUGGAUGAAAGUGAUAGGAAGUGUGGGGACUGGUGAUCUGCUCGAAAAGGAAUUGAUGUGAACGCAAAGUCGAUUGACAUUUAAAUAUCAGUUUGUAAAUACCAUUUCAACUCGUUUAUGGUUUAUAAAAGAUGAUCGUAUUAACACAAAGAAAUGUUUUGAAAAGAUCGAACAAGUUUAAAGAAAAACAGCGUUGAUAAACAAAACAGCAAAGUAUUUUUGCAAUAGUGUGCUCCGUUGCACGCUAAGUGUGAAAUAUGUAUGUACAAUUUGCUCACUAGUCGCGUAAUGUAAUUGAGAAUUCGUAUAACUUCUGAAGGUGUCUAUUGACUAAAAAUUUCGAGUUUCGCGUAUGCGCAGGUAAUCGCUUUGUUUUUUCUUUGCGUUCUUAUUCUUUGAAUAAAAAAAUAAAACGAAAAAGAAGAAGAAGAAGGAGACGAAGACGAAUAGAGGACUUAUUUUUCAAGUAUAAGGGAGACGUAAAAAAUAUAGAGCGGAUUCCGCGUCUCUCCCUGGCUGCUCGCGUUUGCGCGAGGCCGCAGGGGUUGAGAAAUCAUACAAAUGUACAUAGCCAAGAAACAUGAGGAUUCUCCUUGUGAUUGUGUAAAAGCCCAGUGUUUAUGCCCUCGUUCGAAACCGAGUAAGUUCAAUAUAUAAUAUAUUCGCAUUUCGAGAUAUGUUUUAAAUGCUGUAUCGCGCGUGCAUUGUUCAGAUCGUUUCGAGAACGCUAUACUAUAUAAUCGCAUUGAAAAAGCAAACGAGACAAAAGAUAAGAGCAUAUUUUCGUGUGCGAACAAAGAUAAAAGAGAGGUUGUGUGGAUAUAUACAUAAAUUUCUAGAAAGCGAUGGCAGUAUAGAAAGAGGAUCGUGCAUUAGAAUACCAAUUGUUAAUAUUUACUCUGAUGGCACUUGAAUGAAGAAGGCGAUAAUUGUUGCCGUUGACGUGUACCAUAGACGCUUGUCGACUGAAUUAGGGCAUACCGUAAAUACGACAUUUUUUUGAUAAUCGAUCUGAAUGGACAAAACAAAAAAUACCACUGCCGAUUUGAAAAGUAGUACCUACAUGCGUACUCUCAAAUAAGGCAACUUUAAAAUUCUCCUAUAUUCGAUAAUUUGUACUUGCAGAAUUUUCUAUUUUCAGUCAUGUAAUGGAUUUCAAAAAGUAAAUCGUAUAAGAGGAAAAGGUAAAUUGGAAUCAAAUUUUCCAGACACAAUAAAUGUGCAUAGUUUUUCAUUAGGUAGAAGUCGAAGAAAGAUUGAAAAUAUAGUUUUCCGCUUCACUGGCAUUUUCCGAGGCUGAUUCGAGCAAAAGAAAGGAGGGAAUGAAACGCGCGACAAAAUAGAGCGACAGGAAGAAACGAAUAGGGGAGGAAAAAGAAGAGCAUCAAAGCCAGACUCUCAUCUUCGCAAUCGUAACGCCGCCAGCGAAGGAUUCUGCAGCUCGUUUUAGGCGUCAAACGUGAGGCCAAAUUAAGGAUAUUUUUAAAUUAACUCACGCGUGUAAAACUGAGAGGUUCUAUACUGAGUAAAAUGCAGAUACGAGAAUCAUGUUGGGUAUAUUUCACAACUUUUUUUAUUGAUUUAUUCAUCUGGAAUAACGAGCGACAUUCUUCAUUUUCAAUCAAAUUGAAAUUAAACUAGUCAGAUCCAACAAAAAACGAACAAAAAAUCAAUCGUACAGCUAUAUACUCUUUUUGAAUGAACCUUUUAAACAUCAAAGCGGUGAUCACUCUUACAGAUGAAAAAUUUACAUAGGCGUUGACAUAUAUGGAGCAUAUGAUACGCACUACAGAAAUUAAUACCAGCCUCGAUGUGCAUACGAAACAAUUUUAUUCGGGCUGGGCUUUGAAAGUUUCAAUCGAAGUCGGAAUAGAAAAAUAUUUUUUUUUUAUAACUUAUUAACUAAUAUUUUUAUAACAUAUAUUUAUCCGUCAAUACAGUCGAUUUACAGCUGUGCAUCAAUGAAAAUUUCGAACCUAUAGGGUUGUCCCUUCAGAUUUUGCAAAUCAGUAAACGUAGUUCCCAAUAUCAGUAGAUACGCGCAAUAUUCGAGCAUACCAUAAAACUCUGGUAUUAGGGUGAAGCACGCGCGCACGCAGCUACUCUGUGCGCUCGACUUAUUAAAUCAAAUUCGCCCUCGACAAGCAGGAUGAGGGACUAGAAUACUUACGUUUCGCGUCAUUUCCAUGAGACUGGCGUUUCCUCUCCCGAUUUUUCGUGCCUCGCGCGGAACUAAAGCCGCUCAUUGUCAGUUGAGACGUCCGUCGUCGCCAGCUAUGGCUCGGCUCGAUUCCAUGCAUAUAUACAACCCCUGGCAGGCACGAGGGGGCCCAGACCGGGGAAUAAAUAACUCUGUAACGCAGUCGCGGCAUGCGCCUGCUUCGCGGUGAGUGUUUUGUCCGCUCGUUCUAUCCCCAAAAGCCUUUCUUCCCCCCCCCCCAUCCUUUUAUUGUUAACAGUUUUACGGGGCUGUUCCUCGUUCUGAUAGUAAUUAUUGUGAGUUCGACAGCCGGAACGAGAUGUCAGUCACAUUUGGGGUUGGUAACAGUCGGCACUAUUUUUCUUCCCUCUUUUAUUGCGUGAAAGACCGUUGCUUAACAGACUCGUGAUUAUAAUGAUAAUAAAGCCUUACUGUUUUAUCUCUUUGUUCGGAAAUUUUUGUAGUUCGUUGAUAUUCAAUUGUGAAUGGGUAUAGAAAAUUCAUUAUGCAAAAGAUGGACGUAUAUAAUUGACAAUUUUCGGUUGUAUGAGCAUUUCGAUAACAUGGUUAUUAGACAAAUCGAUUGUUGUAGAGGAGCUUAAUGAUUUGCGUUUUAAAAUGUUUGCAUUGUAAAAAACCCUAGUUCAGUCAAUAUAUAACGUAGACCAUUGUUAAUCCUGUUUCGCCAAAGAUCAAAUACAAAUAGUACGACUACUAUUACGAUAAUCAUCAGAUGCAUUGUAGAUAACAUUGGUUGCAGAAAGAAAAAAAUCUUGUUAAGGAUAACAUUAAAUUUUGCAGACGAACAGUUUAAACGACUUCGUACUUCUUUUUGAAAAGAUAAAGGCAUUUGAAAUCUCAUAAUAUCUUGUGGUCAUUUAUGCUGUUCUUUUGGGUAGAUAUAUUAACGAUAAAUCUGCGAGAAUUAAAAGUUCAAGAAUCAAUUAUCUUGGUGAAAAUAUUUGAAAUAUUUUACAAAAUUCUUGUUUGACAGUAUCAUAAAUAUUAUGAGAAAAAGAGAAAAUUUGCCCUUUUGUCGGGAUUUUAUAGAAUUGACUGAAGAAAUGUAAAAAAUUGAAGAGCAAUUUUCUUAGUAAAGAGCAAAAAUUAAUAAACGUUAUGAAUAUACGUUUUUAAAGAUGAAAAGUGUGCGUGCUUCAAAGCUGUAUGUCAUGAGAAAAUGAGCUUGUAUUCUAAUAAAAUAAAUAUGGUAAAUAUUUACAAAUGCUAAGCUUUAGAAAAGAAACAUUGUAUGCGUGUAUUACGAUGUAUAAUGUACAUAUCAAAUUUCAUCUUAAUACACGUAAGUUUUUAAAUUUUCAAUUUGAUUAUGAUUCACCGUAAUGUUACAAUAUGCAUUGAUGAGGGAAUAAUGAAGCACAGAUAGUUUAACAAGUCUGGAUUCGUAAAAUGAGUGUAAAAAAUAUCAAUUAUAUUUCAGAUUGUAAAGUAUGAGGCAAGGAAAAAAGUAACAAAAAAGUAAAAUAAAGUUUUAGUGCUUUCACUUUAAGCAAACAAGUGGACCUAAGACCAAAUCCGACACAUGAAAACAUCCAAGCUUAAUUCAAAUUGAAGAAUAGGAUUUGUGAGUACCCUAACGCAUUUUGUAUAGAUAUACGCAUAAACCGGACUUGUGCUUCAGUUUUGUCAGUGCGUUAAAUGGGUUUUAUUUCUGAGUAUCUUGAGAUUGUCUGAAAGUGAAAUAUUCCGAUAAGAUUAAUUCUUAUUAAUCUUUAUUAAUCCUUGAUCACAUAUGACAUAAAUGUAGAGUUGGUGCAUAUUCAUAUUUUUGCGUUCAUAUACAAUGCAUAUGCGAACUGUAAUAAUUUUUGUCAGUAUUUAUAAAAACUUAUUAUAGCACUAGGUAGCAUAAAUCCGCAUCUAUGUCACGCCUAUUCGUGGCAUAAAUAGUCCAUUAUUGAACAGUGCUGAUCGGUCUUGCUAUGCUCGGGCGCUAACUGCACGGGGAAAAAAUGGACUGUUUAGGCCACGGAUAGAGGUGACUACGGAUUUAUGCUAAUCGGUGCUAUAAAAUAGCGCACGAUACUCGUGGCAUAAAUAGUCUCAUACGGCACGGCGUUUAGCUCCCUCGCUACACUCGGGUGCUAAUACACGCCGUGCCGUAAUAGACUAUUUAUGCCACUUGUAUCGUAAUAUACUAUUACAAUUAAGGGAUACACCUUCAAUAGUUAAAAAACGAAAAAUUCAAUUUUUUGUUAUAAUUUUCUCAAAUUGUUUAACAAAUGAAUUAAACUAUUAAAUAUAUUCAGGUAUAUUCAAAAGUUUUCUGAAAAUAAUCAACAAAAAUUGUUUCAACACUUUAAAAAGUAACAAAUUUUAUGUUAAUAUCCAGACAACUUUUUUAAAUAAUAUUUUUUUGUAAUACCCCACACUCAUCUGGAAACUAUAUGUAUUUAAAGCAUAUCUAUUAGUAUAAAAGUGCCCUUUGAAGCCCAAAUCUUAAGUAAGUCUGCGGUAGCUGAAAAAUGGAAAUUCUGAAUUUUGGCCUUCGAAGAAAUGUCAUUCCUGAUAAUAUGGCACGUAUAAACAUGGUUUUAUGUUUCUUACAUUAUAUCUAAAUAUAUUUAAUAGUUUAAUUCAUUUUUUAAACAAUUUGGGAAAAAUAUAAACAAAAAAUUAAAUUUUUCAUUUUUUACUAUUUAAGGUGUAUCCGCCCCCCUAAAAAUUGAACUAACGUUUCAUACAAAAGUAAUAAUUAUUUUGAUUUCAUUACGUCAUUAUAUCUAUUUGAUUUAAUGAUACGCACUUGUAUUGACUUCAUUUAACGAACGAUAUGAUUUAUUAUAUCUGCCGAAUACAAAAAUCUCAAAAUACACGAUAAUGUAAAGCUUCCGAGAGUUCGGUAACUCAAUCGCGUAGUUAUUUAAGCAAGUAUAUAUGUAAGCACACUAUAAUAUAUUUGUACAACAAAACCAAGAAGUAAGACUGUACAUACAAAUAUGUAAUCCAAUAAAGUAUUUCCUUUCUUGA